UAUUUUAAUUAAUUUGCGUACAAUUACAAUGCAGAGCACUUAUCGUAUUUCAAUUUAUGCGAUAAUAAUCGUUACAAUUAAGUGUUUGCUGCUUAUUAUUCAAAUUCAAACAAGCGCUGUAGGCGCUGAAACGCUAUCAACUGAGCAACUCACCACAGUGCAACAAACGCACCACUCGCAUUCAAACGAAAAAAUUCAACAAAAAGCUCAGCAAAGUCACAAACCAGCUACCACUCUAGGAGGCUUAAACACACCACUGCUACAGAAUGAAAAAAUAAAACAACAACGUUUGAAACGUAGUGUUUUCCAUAUACGCUGGAAUCCAAAUGAAAAAUAUGUUGUCGAAUCUUUGGAAAAUCCAGCGAUUAAUUCAUCGAAAUUGUCACCACAUCCACGUUUAAAAUUGUCAAAAGCAACGAAACUCACCUUAAAUCCGAAACUUUAUCUCUGUCACGAUAAGUACUCUGAUCAAUGUCGCAACAAAACUGCCGCCUUUCGGGAACGCAUAACAAGGACCUUCGACAAGUCCCUCAACGAAAUUGUGAACGAAACCAAUUUUUAUAAUGUCGACUUCAAGUCCGUUUUCGGUGAUAGUUUCGAAGAACAAUAUUACCCAUCAACUUGUCUCGUUAUGGAAGCUGGCGUACGCGUUCUACGCCGCAGGGAUCCGCCUUUUAACAAACUGCCGUUCGGUAAACUUUUCCCGAAGCAAAAACUGUUUCCAAACACAAAAAAUAUUAAAACUUGUGCAAUUAUUUCGAGUGCGGGUUCCAUGUCAGGCUCAAAGCUGGGACGUUUCAUAGAUACCCACGAUAUUGUCAUGCGUUUCAAUAAUGCGCCAACUCGCGGCUACGAAGUCGAUGUGGGUAGCAAAACAACAAUUCGUGUGGUGAAUUCACAAGUUGUCACCAAACUUGAAUUUGAUUUUCCACAUGCACCAAUCUUUAAAAAUGUCACAAUUGCCGCUUGGGAUCCGGGCAAGUACAAUGGAUCAUUGAGCGAUUGGUUGACCACUUCAGACUACGAUAUUUUCACAAAUUAUGAGAUUUAUCGUCGUCAACAUCCUAAAUCUCGCGCCUUCCUCGUUGAUCCACACUCAGUUUGGCGUUUAUGGCAAAGUUUACAAACGUUUGUGGGUCAACGUCCUAUCAGAAGAAAUCCACCAAGCUCAGGUUUCAUUGGACUUGCAUUGUUGCUGCCUCACUGCCCCUACGUGGACUUCAUUGAAUACAUACCAUCGACUCGUUUGAACGGACGCUGCCACUACUACAGCAAGGAGUUGAACUCGGCAUGCACCUUUGGCGCUUGGCAUCCUUUGGCAGCCGAAAAACUCAUGGCGCUCGACAUGAAUGUGGCAGAUGAUAUGUCCGUCUUUCAGCUGGGAAUAUUACGUAUACGGCGCCCGGAUAAGCUGCUGUGUGGUUUCAACUUUCUUGGUUAUUAAACUAUGAAUUUGAAGUGUUCCCUACAAACAAAAUUAAAAAAAGAAAUUUAAAAAGUUACUUAAGUA